UCUUGACGCAUUGUCCUGUUCCUUGAUAACGACCACGGAGCAACCCCCGACUAGGUUUCCCACGGUGAACAACGUGAUUUGCCGACGAUGGUUACGUUGAUUAAUGGAUAUUAAUAAUGUUCGCCAUUGUUGCCGCAAUAAAUUGUGAUUUUUCGUCGCGGUUAGCUGGGACGUGAAUAAAAGGUGAUAAUUGAUGCAUCGCUCGCUUGGACGAGAAACGAGGGGUUGAAGGAGGAGAAGGCAGCUUUUCAGGCAGGUAACGCGCGAGCGCGCACACGGAUACAUUCGCAUCCUCCUGUAUUUUGACUAGGGUGAGAAUAGUUGAGGUACCAUUCCCUUCGUGGUUCAGUGAGCUCCGGUUCCGUGCAUUCAUCAACAAUAAGCCGCAGCAACCCCAAACACACUCCUCCCUUUCCUCCUCCUUUUCCCAAUCUAUGUGUAUGCAUGCACAGUUAUGAGUAGGUCCACGUGUUUAUGUAUACGCGUGUGUGUUUGUUUGUGUGCAUGGAUGAGUGUGCAUCGUAGGUUGUGGAACGCGUUUGGAAUACAUAAAUCAGGUGCGCCAGUCUGCAGACUGCUGCCAGCCAUAUCACUUGGCACAACGGCUAUGAAUGAAUAGAGCCGUACCUGAAUUAUCGUCCGCCUUUGCAAAUACUGAGAGAACGCUUGUGCACGUUCCACGACGACAACGGGUAAGCAAGUGUGGUUUUACACCUUAAUCUUCAAGCGUUGGAUAAAAAUAUGAUAAAGAUGAGCCUGCUAAUGUUCUUUUACUUUCAUGGUUAAUGUUUUUGCUAAAUUCGUUUUCAAAAAAAAAAUAUGCUUUAACGUGUCAAUUUUUAGAAAGUAUUAAAAAUUGAGUUAUUUUCGAUAAAAAAUAAUUGAUCUUAGUUCGGAAUAGAUCGUGUUACCAUUUUCUUUAAUAUCUAAUGACAUUUGUAAUGACGUUUGUAAAAAACUAUUUAUUUUUAUUGAGAUUAUUGAGCAAGAAGUGCGAUACAAGUAAAAAAAAUUACCGCAAAACGACUGUAUCAGUUCUAGAAAAAGAACAAACUAGAAACACGUUGGAAUCUUUUCGAUCACGUCGUUUCAAACGAAUCCUUCGAUUUCCGAAAGAAAUGCAAUUUAUCUUACGUUAAUCUUUCUCCGAGUAAGCCAGGGUGAAGGAGGAGGAGGAGGAGAAUGAGAGGGAGGAGGUGAGCAUUCCUUGCGCCGUUUUUCUCUACCUUUUUUUUCUUUUUAUUCGUUUUAUCUGAGAAUAAAACAGUUAAGAAGUGUUCGUACGAUUUCACGAGGACGAGGGUUCGAUGUUGAGGUCUCGAUCACUUUCGUAUGAAAGUUUAUUGUCUCACGGAUACUCGCAAGAACUACAUAUACAUCGUUGAAAGAAUAGAAACAGAAAUAGCAAAAAUUUUAGUGUUUCGCGGUAUCGUAUCGCUUGUACUAAUACUCAUUUUAUGUUAUUAACAAUCGUUUUUUCCUAUUCGAAUGUCGUUAAUUUCGAAUGAAUAUUAUAUAUAAUAUAUAUUUUUAUUAUGUACAAAAUUUAAUUUCAAGAGAUGGCAGAUCUCAUCUAUUUCAAAAUACUUUAGAUUAGUUUCUUAAAAAGUUUAACCUAUGCGAUUUUGGCUACAAAUCGUUGAAGUAUCGCUACAGUCGACGAACGGUAAACCACAUUCACACGUAUAGCUCCGUUAUUUGUUUUAUAUAUGCUAUCUAUCGGCAUUUUAGUCGAUAAAUAUAUUUAGCAACGUGCGCACGAGCAAUUCCUAUCUUUUAUUUACGUAUUAUUUCACGAAGCGAACGGUUUUCACGGCAGAUCGACGAUGAAAUAUAGAGAAACAUGGUAUCGUUGCUUUCAAGAUUAAUCGCCAAUACUAAAACUUUUCAAGACGUCAAACUUUUUCGGAGUAUCGAAAAACUUCGAUAUUCGCAAUCUCGUUUUAAUGCUUCGGAAAAGCAUACAAUAUGCAUUUGUCCCGAGCCGCCAACUUAUAUUACUCGCUUGGCAAUGCCUGUUGAUUAUGACAAUGUAAUAAAUUUCAUGUGCAGGACUUAUUUUAAAGAGGAGCCAAGUAUUGUAAAUAUCGGUCUUAGUAAUAUAUCACCAACAGCUUUCAUGUUGAAGAUCUUGCAAGAGAACCUUAAAAACGGCAUGACGAUAAUCGCAGAAAAUCAACUCCGUUGCAUAAUCGGUGCUGCUGUAAACAUUUGUUCAUGUCCGUGGGAACCAAAAAAAAUUAAGGAAUAUGCGAGAUGUUGCGAGGAAGAGAGUCUAGUGCGCGACCUGAUAGAGUUUUAUUCUUAUGUAUCUCUUAAGCCAGAUGUUUGGAAUCGUUAUUGCGUUCACAAGGUGUUUGAGUGCAACUAUGUGGCGGUUGACCCAGAAUAUCGUGGAAUGGGUAUAGCCAAGAAGCUCGUUGAAGAGAGUUGGUAUCUCGCACGAGAUUGUAGUUAUCGAUUGUUCCGUAUCGACUGUUCUAACAUAUAUACAGCUAUAAUCGCAGAAGGUUUUGGAUGGACUAAAAUAUGUACGAUACCUUAUUGUCGAUACGUCAAGAAUGACGAAAUGGUAUUCCAAAAUAUACAAGAACCUAAUACAGAAAUUAAAGUUUAUAUCGAUCAUGUCAAGUUUCUUAAUGCAUACCAUCUGCCAUAUAAAAGUUGUAAGUUCAAGUGAUCCGUUCGAAGAUAAACAAGAGGAAGAGAUAAUCUCUUUUAAAAAAUUAUCUAAGCUUCUUUAUUUAAUGUCUCACUGUUUUAUUGCUUGUAAUAUUUCGAGAGAUAAACUUGUUCGCUAGGUAAGAUGUAAUAAAUAUGUAU